GUCAUAAUCUUCCUCAUUCUGCACAGGAAGGACUGAUGCUUUUUUAGAACGGUUCUUUGCUCAGAUGUUUCCACGAUUCUGGUCGUGAUAACUGCUUCAGUAAGAUGAGUCGCUGGCAUGAGGACUGGUGCGUCGCACACAAGGUUGUAGUUGCGCAACCUGACGCGACGCCCUACUGCGAUAACUGCCGCAAAUCGCCCGAUGUCGAGACGCUGAGGGCCAGCAUCGCAGCGUCACACGCGAUCGCUGAACCUCCUCCGGAUGAGCCGCCGGGACAAUUGAAUCUCUUCUGGCCACCUACAGUUCCGUACAGAAAGCCACUCUGUAAAGAUGGCGAGAGAGUUGUUCCAAGACUGGACGGCCCGAUCGCGAGCGGCACAAGUUCAGUCGCUGCAGGACAGGGCCUCGGCAAUGACAUCGCCGUGAGGCCCUUCUCGUCAGGCUAUAAAAGGCCACUCGAAGCCGACGAAUUCCGCCUCUUGAUCAUCGAGCCGGCCGCCAACGAGGACGAUCCAGUGCACGUCACUCUUGAGAUAUAUCACGACGAUGACUGUCCCGAAUACGAGACUGUUUCGUAUACAUGGGGUGGCGAAGAAGACGACGCAACCCUUUGCCGGCCCGUCUACUUUGGGCCGGGCUGGGACAUCAUCUUCCAGACCAGGAACUGCCACGCCAUGCUCUGCCACCUCCGACCAAAGCGCGGCCUCAGACUGCUCUGGGUCGACGCCCUCUGCAUCAACCAAGGCGAUGUCCAAGAGAGAGGUGUGCAGGUUGCAAAGAUGGGUAGUAUUUAUGGCAGCUCACGUCGGGUAGUUGUCUUUCUCGGUCCCGAGAUCAUCACCCCGCUCGCCCCUGGGACGAGAUACCCUGCUCGGCGUGGCCUCGAAGAGCUGGCGCACAACAGGGUCGAGAGCGACGGCACGGGGCUUCGCUCUGUCCUCGAGCGGAGGUAUUUCGGCCGGAUCUGGAUAUUGCAAGAGCUGCUGCUACCACGAGAACUACUCAUGCGAGUGUGGGACAAGGACUACGUUGCCAACUGUCGCUUGUCUUCACUGAUCCAAGAGCAAAACCCAGGUUGGGAGUGGGGUAAUACGUGCGCUCCGUGGCUGGGCAGGAUCUCUCAGGGUCGAGAGUCUGAUGCAGCCACGCAUCUCCUGAGGCUCGCGGCAGGGUGCGCGGCGUCUGACCCGCGGGAUCUAGUCUUUGGGCUCCUUGGUUUGCUCCCGAUCAAGUGGGCGCUCGAAGCCGACUAUUCCCUCAGCGCCAGGCACGUCCACAUUGGGUUUCUGGCCCACUGCCUCUUAAAGUGCAGAGACGAAGGAGUCUUUCAGUUUGCGGGACGGCGGGAUCUGACGUCACUGCCUUCUUGGACUCACCCGAUCGGUACAGGCAGCCGGGAGGCCGAGUGGCUCAGGAUGAUACCAAAGCGCCCGAGGAAAGGUGUACCGUUGGGGUUUAGCUCCGACAGUAGUGAUGAUGACGACGAUGAUGACGAAGAUAAUGACUAUGAGGGAAUCGAGAGGAAUCAAGCUGGCGAUGAAACUUUUUACCAUUCUUUGCAAGGGGACAAUUUGAAGAUUCCCACGGACCUUGCCUGGUGGAAUUCGGCCAAAGUAGAUUGUAUGGAUGGCUCCUUGACCAUAAAGCUGGUCCAUUUCAUGCCCAUCUUGACCCAACCGAAUGUGUCCGUCAGGGAUGCCGGCUUCACAUUUUACACUUUUGCGCCUCCUGGCGGUCAUGAGCUGCGACUUGGUGUGACUUCUGACCACGAUUUCACCGAGUACUACUACGAAAGCGAGGAUGAAGAAGAAAGGCCUUGGCUACUUUUCAAAGGAAUCAGAUUGGUGCAUCAGAGAGCAGCUGAUGACCCGGCCCUAGACUGGAUUCCAGGCCGGGAUCAUAUAUUUGUUCCCCGCACGGAGAGCUCGCGGCUAAUUCCCUUGGUCCUCAGAGAGAUGCCACACCACCCCCGAGGCUACCGUCUGGUUUUUUGCAGUCAUAGGCUGGAUCUAAUGUUCCGUUUCGACAACCGCAGCUCGGCCAGGGCCUUUAGAUUCAGCGAGGUGUUUGGGCUGCUGAGUGAGACAGUCUAUGAUAGGUUGCAGCUCAUCCAAAGGGUCAAGGAGAGCAACAUCAUUCUAUCCCGUCAAGUCUCCACCAGUUGGUUGAAAGGAGCAUCGGGCUUGUUUUUCGAUUCUCUAGAGGGCCACGAAAAAUGUGUGGCCAAGCUGCGGAGAGACUUGGUCCCGAAGCCGCCCCCUAUGCCCCCUGGCCUCGAUCUCGCGCCAGACAGCUUCCAACACGGUAAAGCCCUAGACUCUCCUAUCAUGGGCGCCUGCAGUCCGGACAGACCGGACGGGCCCCUAGUGUCAAAUAUGACCAACCUGCCAGUCUCAGGCCUGGGUUACAUGUGGAAGCGGGCUUGGCAGACUUAUAGGGGCAUCAAGUCAACGUCGCGCAGUCCAAAAGAGUACUUGCGCCGCCUGCGAAGCAGACACACGUUGAUCGCUACAGAAGAGCUGCGCUUCUGCCCCUAUGAGUUUUAUGAAGGGAGCUGGACUCCGCCCCAGGAUGUUCCUGCCGCGCCAGACUGGCCAGAGAACGUCGUGGAUGCUUAUCGUAUUGAUGGCGGUGUGUACGAGGUGACCAUAUUUUGAUUUUGGGGUUUUUUGUGGCAUGGGAUUUGUGAUUUUUAUCAUUGUGCUUCCUAUGUACCUUGCCUAACCUCCCCACCUAUAUUUCCCAACUGCUUGGAAAGGACCUGAAACCCCAUGGAUACGUAGGAGAUGAAGUCUUGAACCCAAAACAAAAAGAAAGCAGAAUCUUUGACGAGAAAAGGAAACGGGAAAAAUGUCAUAAACUCUCCAUCGCCACAAAAUGUCCAGACGGCGGACAUGCCACUGCCAGCAGUCUAAAAAAAUGCACAAAAAGCCAUCAGCAACAACAAGAUCCCAAGCCCCCCCUAACACCAAGUAUCCCAUCUCCCUAAAAAACGAGUCAUCAUAAAUCAUCAAGGCCUG